UGUACCUACCAGCAGAGGACAUGCUUGACCUGAAGGCGAUGACGGCAAUGUCUUGGACCAAAAUGAGAAAGCUGAAACAGUGGCUGCUGAACAGAGGAAUAACGACUGGGGGAGAAAAAGCAACAAGAAAGAUUUUGGACGGCAUCAUAGAUGGGAUGUUGCAAGGGAACAUGCUGCCAUUGCAGAGUUUCAAUGAAAUAGAGAAAGCCUAUGAAUUUGUAGAGAGACCGGUGGUAACAGUGCACAGUAUAACAUCGACUGUAAUACACCUGUUGGAGCAAUACUAUGAACUUGAUGAGCUAAUUAAACUGGACAACUUACCAAAAGAUGAAGUCUGGGUCAAGCUAGGUGGAGACAAGGGAGGGGACACCUUUAAAUUGAUGAUCCAGAUUGCCAAUGUGAGGUCGCUUAAUUGUCUUCGCAAUACUCAAGUGGUUGCGCUGUUCCCAGGACAGGACUCUGCCUACAAUCUUGAAGUUACAAUGAAAGAGACGGCUGCAGAUGUUGAAGUUCUUCAAACCACCACAUGGAGAGAGAAGAAAGUCCACCUGUUUUUCUUUGGGGACUAUGAGUUUUUGUGCAAAGCAUAUGGCAUAUCAGGUGCAAGUGGGCGACAUUGCUGCUUGUUUUGCACAGCAACAAAGGCAGACAUCACAAAACCACUGUCAGAGAGAGACACUCAACAGAGGGAUCUUGAGUCCAUGGCAGAAGACCUGGAAAAGUUCAAGAUAAAAAAUGUCCCGAAGGAGUGUAACAACGUAGUUAGGCAGCCACUCUUCAGAAUUCCGUUGAAUCAGAUUUGCCCACCUGGACUUCACCUCUCUCUGGGCAUUUUUCUCAAGCAUUUUAAUGCUCUUGAACAUCAAUGCCAUGCACUUGACCUAGAGGCAGCCUCCAUCCUAGCCAGUAGAGAUAUAAGGAACAGUGAUGAUGCCUUUAGCAGGUUCAUAACAAAGAAGCAGCUUAUGAAGAAGAUCAGCGAGUUGGAAGAAGAGCACAAAGACCUACUCGACCAACAUCUGUAUAUGUCACUCUUAUAUCCCGAUUCACAACCAGUUGCCCUUCUUCAAGAAACUGCACAAGAAAAGAGAACAGAGAUGAAGAAACAGGAGGCUAAGGUAAGCAGAAUACCUGAGAUAGCCGAAGGACAAGGCCCCAUUGUGAAGGCUUUGGAUGGUGUUCUCCAGUCCAUAAAUGUAAAGAGGCAGGCAUACCAUGGCAAGAGUUUCGUAGGCAACCAUGUUCACAAAUGCCUAAAGGAGGAGAAUAUUGACAAGAUUACGAAUAUCAUUAUUCAGAAAACCAAUGAAGUGUGCCCUGUCCUGUGCGAGAAGGCCAAAAUAACUGCCAAGAAGUAUGACACAUUGCUAAAAUUGUAUGGCUCAUGCCAUACAAUUUUCAACAGUGCCAGGGUUUUCACCAUGGAAGAAAUCGUCAAACUUGACACAUCAAUCAAGGAUUACAUGAGCUUCUUCAGGGCCAAUUUCCAGGACACUAUCACCCCAAAGAUGCACAUCCUGGAGGAUCAUGUGAUGCCCUGGUCCCAGUGUUGGCGAGUUGGACUUGCACUUCUUGGCGAGCAGUCCACCUAA